AUGGUUGUUAGAUAUGACAAGACAAAGGUAAAGUACGUAGUUUCGAAAUUUGUAGAAAGUCACAACCAUCCAUUCAUAAUUGCUGAAUGCAGCCACAUGAUGCCGUCCCAGCAACCAAUUUCCUCAGUCCAGGCCAUUGAUGUUGAGUUGGCUUCGGAUUCAGGAGUUCUGGCUUAUAAUGCAUAUAAGUUGAUGGGAAGGCAAUCUGGUGGCAAAGAAUCAGUUGGGUACUUGAAAGUGGUUCUUAAAAAUUAUCUAAGGAUGCAAAGACAAAAGGAGCUUCUUUAUAGCGAGGCGGCAUGGCUUGUGGAUUAUUUUGAGACGCGUGCUUGUGAAGAUCCUUCGUUCUUCUAUUCCUUGCAACUGGAUAGUGAACAAAUGAUUACGAACAUAUUCUGGUCAGAUUGUAGAAUGAUCAUUAAUUAUGGCCAGUUUGGAGAUGUUAUCAGUUUUGACACAACGUACAAAGUGGUACACGUCAACAGACCAUUUGUAAUUUUCUUGGGUCUGAAUCAUCACCGGGAGACCGCUGUUUUGGAGCAACCUUAA